AUGACUUUAAGAAACCUAAUUGCUCAAUUAAAAGACGCUCAUACGAUUUUGGAAAUCGACUGUUAUAACAAAAUUUUAUUUACUCAAUCUUUAUCUCUGUAUUCAGUAGUCACGCCUAAUAAUCAGCAGAAAAUCAAGAUCAUGGAUGACUUUUUAAACUCAUCAAAUAACAAUUGCGAAGUGACAAAAAUAAAUGGUCAGAAUGCACUAGAAACGAUCAUAAAAUUUGCUAAAGAGCAAGUCUCAGAUUCAAGAGAUCUGGGUGUCCGAUUUAAUCAGGCAUUGGCUUCUCUUACUAUGCAAUUUGGUAGAUGGCUUGUUUCUGAAGGGUCCAACCAAUUUGCACAUAGGUUUGAUUUACCUGAAACCUCUAAUAUCAGUUAUACAUUACUUUGUUCUGGAGAACAACGCCAUUUAGUCAGAAAAUGGGAUAUAAACUUCCAGGGUCAAAGUACUGAUUUUAAUGAUACCAAAAGUUAUUUUGAUCAAAAUUGUUUACCUAAUUCAUCACAGUCUGCAAAAAAUAAUACAUCGUUAAGAUUAAUCUCAGAAUCGACUUUUAAUCGGACUACUACAUCUCAUAGUGAUAAUCAGGCCACUACAUCUCAGAGUGAUGAUCAAGCCACUACAUCUCAACCUGAACCAGUUCUAGAUGCAAAAAAUGCACAUUUUUACUUGAUUGGUAAUAUCGGUGUUGCCCAAUUUACUAGUGUAAAUUUUGGAUUUGAUACUCUGCGUAAUAUACAGAAAGGUUUUCAAUUGUUAUUCAAAAAAAAAGCUAAAAAGCUUGUUAUAGAUUUAUCAAAUAAUCCAGGUGGUGUUGUUGAUGCAGCCCAAGUCAUAUGUUUUCUUCUUAUUCCACCAAAUAAUAUUAGCUUUUUUCCAAAUGAUAUAAAAAUUACAAAAAUUACUGAACCUUUGAUAGGACCUGGAAAAUAUUUCGAUCCAAAUGUUCUUUCUUCAUUCCCUUCGGGAAAUAAUUUUUCUAGUAUAAAAAAUUUUAUAGGCAAGAACUAUAUCAAAAGAGGCGGUAAAACUUCAAGAUAUUCCAACAAAUUCGACUUUACACUUGAUAGAGACGAAUUAAAAUUAAUUAAAAAUAAUAAGGAAUAUCCAUGGACAGGAAACAAUACUAUAAUUUUAACCAAUGGAAAUUGUGGGUCUGCCUGCGCGCUAAUAUCACAAUAUUUAGCUGAGAUAGGCCAAUUUCCCACUGUCACUGUUGGUGGUUUAUAUAAUACUUCUUUAUCAUUUGCCUCUUUUAGCGGUGGAGAAGUUUUUGGUUAUGAUGGGAGUGAAAAAUUUAAGGGUAUCCCUAGCUUUCCAGUGUCGGGUGAGCUUCAAUUUACCGUAAGCGAGUCUUAUAGCAUUCUUAAAAAAAAUGAGGUUUUAGAUUUUUCCUAUAGACCUUCUAAAUAUAGACUUUAUUACGACGAUAAAAGCGCUAGAGAUCCUAGCCUAUUAUGGAGUAAGGCCGCUGAUUUCUUAAAUUUUGAAAGCUAG